GUUUAUCAGGAACGCAAGCGGCAGCCGCUCCCACUUGUUCGACGCUGCGCAGCUUUCGCGACUCCGCCGACGGCGCGAAUUUUUUUCGCUUGCAGCGGUUGGCGCCGAUAAAACAGUGCCGAUGUGUUCUUCCGAGAGUUUGUUCCCAGUUGAUGAGAAUCAAGAGACGACGCGUCUGCGAUCCUCGAUGAAAAGCAAGCAUGAUGACGUGAACGCCGCAGUCCCAGGCUGCUGAAGUCCAGCGGACCGACCAGACCGUGUCAUGGCGUCGGGUGCAUACGCCGAGUUGCGGUUGCAGCAGGCCGACGUGCUGCGUCGCCUGCCGCAGGGCCUGCGCACCUGGACCGACGAGCUGCUGAAGCGGCAGGCUCGUGAGCUGACGUUCCACUUCCCGGACGACACGACGCGGCGCUACCUGUACGAGUCGUGGGUGAAGUACUUCGGCGGCGAGGCCUGCGUCGGGGCCUCCCUGGACAGGCUCGUGCUCAACUGCAUCGUGGCCACGCCGUCGCCCUCCAAUCCCGCGGUGCCCCUCUUCGUCGACAUCGUCCUCGGCGGAGGAGGAAGCGCGAGGACCCCGGCAGCCCGAGGAGACGCCACUCCUCCGAAGAUAGUCGUCACUACUUCAGGUGAGGCGGUCGUCAAGGAUGUUCCUGCCGCGACGAAGGACAAGAAAGACUCUGCCGGCAAGCGACAGGACACGACUUCGAAGGACACUCAGUCAGAGAAAGCUCAAAGCAAAGACACCACGAUGCCAGCCGGAACUAAAGUCGAAGACAAGAAACAAGCCGAUAAAGACAAAGCGUCUACAGCUUCUGGUAAUGUUGACUCGGUGAAGGGUGCCGCCAAAAUCGACUCGUCUUCGAAAGGAAGGCCCGAAGAGACGAACAACGUUGCGGCCGACGUCCAAAACACCGAAAAGGUCUCCAAGACCUCCGCGUCCGACGUUGCGGCCGUCUCAGCUAAACCGGAUGACGCCAAGAAGCCUACGCCGGCGAUCGCGCAGUCGGGUUCUGGCAAAGUCGCCAAGGCCAUUUCGACUUCGAAGAGCGAAGAGAAGGAGAACGUGCCAGCGGACGUAGACGACACGUCAUCGGUGGAAUUGCGCCGAGGCGCGAAGGACAGUGCUUCGAACACCGCCAUUCACAACAAGUUCAGCUUCUUCAAGUGGCGUCCCCAGAGCCUGAUCGAACGGCGCAGAACGUACGUGGGAGGCGUCAAGUUGCGCAGGAGUUUGAUGGAAACCGGAAGCGCUCCUCCCAGGGAACGCGGCGCCAUCAACCGCGAGCCGUCGUUUGCCGCUCCCAGUGCGCUCAAGUUCCUGAUCUACCUUUCGAAACUACUGGAAACCAGCAGAGAGAACCGCGAGGCGCUGGACGAAGCCGGCAUGAUCAUCGGCUUCUGUUCCUUGCUACUGUCCCUGGUGUCCUUCAAGACCAGGACGCAGGUCGAGUCCUACUUCCGGGACAGGGUUGGCGGAAUCCUUUCGACCGUCGUGCCGUCCGCUUCCUUCCGCGGUGUCAUUCCUGUUCCGAACCGCCGGUUCCUGGAAGUCCUCCACGAGCAGUUGACCAGGGGGUCGCAGCUACAGACUCAGAUCAGCGUCCUCGCCGUCUGCCAGUACCUAUACUUCAAGGAAGCCGGGGACGGCAAAUUCCCGGAGCUGGACAUGCGCUUCCUCAGAGAAGGCUACCUGAACCACACAAUCGGAACGGGCCUGGGAACGCUGUCGCUGCUUCGAGCGCUGCAGGAGAAGACCAAGCUGAACCCGGCGGCCAUUCUCAGGUUCCUCAACUCCGACGUGACUCGCGAGUCUUGCGAGCGCGUCGAAGAGUUCCUCAAGCACCAGGCGUCGCUGUCCGGGAAGAAGAGCACCGGCAGGACGUUCGGAAAGCCGCCAGCGAAGCAGCAGCACACGUGGCCUUGGUGCCGCGUCGUCGACCAGAAGCAGUUCUCGAACCUGAUGACCCGGGCGAACGCGUUCUACGCGGUGCGCGUCGUAUGCUGCCUGGACCCCCCGCCGGAAGACCGGAUGUGGAAGAGCGUUGAGUUCGUGCCGGAAGAGGUGAAGAAGCACGAACGCGAGUGGGGCGACAUGUUCCGGCGGCACCUGAAAGACGGGAGCAUCCGGAAGGCGAGCGACUCGAUGCUCAAGCACCGGGAGGGCGAGUGGGCCCGGGCGCUGGACGCCAUGUACUUCAUCGAGGACUUCGAGCUUCUAUCAGUCGGCUCGUACAAGAAGCAGAAGUCGUCGACGACGGACAUCGACGGUUGUGGAAGCGCUGGAACAACGGCGACGACGACAGGCGGUACUGCAUAGUCGUUCACCUGUCGACCCGCGAAAUGAACAGGACACAUAUACGUAGGGCCUAUACCUUCCGGAAGCUCAGAGCUUGCGUGACCGUGAGUUCAUCUGCAUACGCCGACGCUCCAGCAGCAAACAGUGCUGUCAAAGGAGAAGAAACGCGUGAAGCCACUAAACGUCGUCAAUGCGUUGCCGACGUUGACGUUUCGGCUGUCAGCCUUCCUAAACAUGUCACGUCAUGGACCGAAGUACGCAGCAUUGGCGUUAACCACGUGACUUUGGUAACGCUUCCAUUGCAUCAACUCGAAUGGAAGGUGAUGGCGUCGCAUCUUCCAGUGGCGUCGCAGUCAAUUCAUUGGGCGUCGUACGCGAAUGGCACGUGUUUUGUGACAUUGUGGUGAACGCUUGCGUGCGUUUUUCGAGUGCCUUUGUUUUCUAAAUCUACAUCACCUUGCUUCAAAGCCCUCUACCACUUUAAGGUACAAGCAAUUGGGUGCAGCUAUGGUUAUAACACAGAUAUGUGGAGAGAAGAACAAAGGAAAGCAGGAUUCAGUCCCUAGCAUCCAUCCUUUGUAUUACUGUCUAUCCGUUUUACAUUACGCGUCGAAUGUUUUGACUUUGUGGGUUCCCGUGGUCGUGGCAUUCUGGUGGAGCUACAUAUAUUUUCGGGGCAUAAAUGUUUGGGUCGUGUGAAUUGAAAGUGCCAUGAGCAUUGUGGCUUCAAGAGGCAACGCACUAUGUUCAAAAUGAAAAGGUGACCGCUGUAUGCAGUACACGUAAUCAAGGACAUGUGCACAUUAUCGUUCCAGCGGCGCAUUAGCUUCGCACUCGUGUUCAGAAUGCCUGAAAUGAAUAGUUGGUUGCUGUUGCUUGUAGCUUUGAAUAUCCAAGCUAGUACCGCGUUUUAUGCGUGGCACGAUCUCAUUAGUUACCACCGCACAGUGGUAACUAAAGAGCUAACUAACUAACAACCUCUGUUACAGCACGACAAUAACGACGAUGACAACGACUGCAUUCGACACGACAAUGGAAAGAAAUGUCACAUCCCCGCAUCCGUCUUAGACUGCCCAUGAGAACGAUUAAAGAACGUUACACUGCCCUCAACGCCGCACAACACAACAGCAUUACACAAAUGUUUUGCUCGAGCUUUCGUUCCAAUAGCACGUUACUGCUUUGCUCCCGCCAAGGGGCCGACAUGACGAACCAGCGUGCCACGUGUCCGUGCGUUGUGUUCGUGUGAUAACAAUCAAACAUUAGAGAGAUUUAGAAUAGCGGUAUACAUACGCUUUGGGGCCCCAAGCGCUAGAGGGCCCCAACACUUACGUCCCCCUAAUCUAAAACUCAGUGUUUGGUAUACAACAUGUGAAGAUCGAAGUAAGGACUGCCGUGUUUACUGUAAGGUUUUUUACACCGUUGUCAAGGCAAAAGGGGACCGCCUACAUAUAGUUCAUGCCAGAGUGUUUUCAUGUCGCUACCGUGGUAACUAACAAUCACGGUGGUUGUAACGCAGCCGGUGUCGUGAUGGCGAUGUCACUGUCGGCAGCUGCGCGAUAAAUGGUGGGCAUACGGUACACACGGCGUACGGUGUAUCGCAGUCUGCAGCAAUUCACCAUGUACGUAGUUAGUUAUCGACAAUCAAUGCCUCUAGCUUAGUUCCUAGUCCCUACAAAUCACAGAACAAAGUGCUAUGUAGAGCGCACCGCUAUAGUUCAAAACUUAUCGCAGGGUUUAACAAUAAGGUAAACAUAUAAUUUAACUACAUUUUACUCAAGAGAUACCUUAUUUCUUUCUCUUUGAAUACUAGUUAACCAUUACAUGGUAGUACGGGCUCAAUCGAGGUACCGAAGUGGCAAUUAAGUCUUUUAAUUUACGGCCGUCGCUAUUUUCACGGCAGAGCGCGUAGUCGAACAACAUCGGCUCGACGCUAAGGUGAUCUUUGCUAAAUUUUGCACUGUAUAACUUCAGCUCAACGACAGACCAGAUCGUUUGUGAAGAAAACUAGGGAUGUCGAGUCACUAUUUGUCCUGUCUCUACAGCUACAUACAAAUGGCCACCUUCGCGAUCCUUUCUUGAUGUGUACACCCUCGCCGACCUUGGUUGUCUUAUGCUGUUUCUCUCCAUCAGGCAACAGUGGCGGUUCACAAACGGCUGGUGAUCGAGACAUGGCAAAUGUAACAUUUCCAAAGUGUGCACGGAAUGAGGGACUAGUACAUAAUGGUUAUCCGCCGCUGUAUAACUCGGGUGUCUAUGGUGUUCUAUAUACGCAAGUUGGAAUCAGCUAGCGCAAGACAGGGGUAACAUGGAGAUUGCAGGGAGAGGUCUUCGUCCUGCAGUGGACAUGCAUAUAGGAUGAUGAUGAUGAUGAUGAUGAUGAUGAUGAUGAUGAUGAUGAACACGAUGUCGCAGGUUCACCCGGGUCGCAGCGGCCACGUUCUGGCGACUGUGAUGCGAAGGUUAAAGAAGAACGUCUCGGUUCUCAGAUUUCUGCAUAGAUCGAUUUCAAUAUUAGUUUCAAGCGAUUAUACCCCAUUAAACUUAUUU